AUGAGUGAUGACGUAGUCUGGCAACUGGUUAAGAAUGGCUUCUGCUCAUUCAGAAAAACGACUGAUGCAAAAGCCUUUUGUACCAACAUGUACAACUCUACUGGGCUUUGUAACAAUGCCAGCUGUCCACUAGCCAACAGUAAUUACGCAACUGUGAUAGAAGAACAAGGUUCUCUAAUGCUCUGUCUAAAAACAGCUGAAAGGUCCCAUACUCCCAGAGACCAGUGGGAAAGAAUAAAACUCUCAAAAUCUAAAAGAGAGGCAUUGGAACAGAUAUCGCAAGAAACCAAAGUUGGAUUUCCAUCGCAUCAAACGCUAAAGUGUAAACUCAGAUUUAGACGUCUGAGAGAAGUUCUAUCCAGAAUGCGCAACAUAAUAUUAAACAAAAAAACCAGAGUCAUGCCAAUCAAAAAGAAGACAGAACGUCGUGAAGCUAUUCGUGAACGUAAAGCUGAAAUCGCGGCAAAACUUGACAAGAGCAUCGAAGAUGAACUAUUAAACAGACUUAGUCAGGGAGUAUAUGGAGAACUAUACAACUUUGAUGCAAUGGAACAAGUCGAAGCUGAACCAGAAGAAAUACAAACUUCUAAAAGAAAAGGUAAUGUUACUAUCAAACUCACAAGAUACGUAUAG